CAAUAUAGGACACCAAUUUGAAAAAAUGAACACACUAAAGAAGAACCUGUCAAAUAAUGAAACAGUCAUUCAUAUUGACUACAGUGAGAACUACAGUUGUAAAUACAGUAGAGAAGUGAAGGAUACACACUAUUCUGGGGGCCACCAACAAAUCUCCAUGCACACGGGUGUGAGGUAUUUGAGUCGUGGAAGAGUAGAAUGCUUUUGCACCAUAUCAUCUUGUCUCAGACAUGAUGCUACUGCAACAUGGGCUCACUUAGAGCCAAUCCUAAAAAAGAUGAGGAGGGAGUGUCCUGAGGUGACAGUCGUCCACUUCUUGUCAGAUGGCCCAACAUCCCAAUAUCGAAAUAAAACAAACUUCUAUCUUGCGUCGACAAUCCCAUUCAUGAUGGGAUUCCAACAUGUGACUUGGAAUUUCAGUGAGGCGUCACAUGGGAAAGGUGCUCCCGACGGAGUGGGAGGAGCCCUGAAAAACCUUGCCGACCGCAUUGUUGCCUAUGGCACCAAUAUUCCAGAUGUAGAUACAUUACACCAACAGCUGGAUGCCCAGUCCUCGGUGCAUAUCCUCAAAAUAACAGAGGAUGACAUAAACAGAAGCAGCGAGUUGGUUCCACCAACCCUGAAGGCAUUACCUGGAACCAUGAAAAUCCAUCAGCUGAUGUCAUCCAGUCCAGGGGAGGUGAAGACCAGGGAGCUUUCCUGUUUUUGUGAUGGAGCUUGUGAAUGUUACGGUCUAAGGGAAUUUAGCUUCAGGGGAAAGGAAAACGUGCCAGAAAAGAAAGUUGUUGGAGACACCAUUGAAGUUGCACAAAAUGAAAUAAGUGAAGACACCAUUGAAGUGGGGACAUGGGUCUUGGUGCAGUAUGAUGGGGAUUUAUUCCCAGGCACUGUCACUCAGAUUUCAAAUGGCCAAUAUGAAGUUGACACAAUGACUGCUAUUGGAGAGAACAAGUUUUACAUUCCAACUGUGAAGUUUCCAGGUGAUAAAGUGUGGUACUUCCAAGAUGAUAUCAAGGCCAUCAUCCCCAAGCCGCUACCAAUCACAUCUUCUGCUAGGCAUUUCUGUGUCUUGCCAGAAAUUUGGAAUAAACACAGCAAGAAAAGUCCUUCUAAAAUAUGAAGAAACUGUCAGUUUACUUGCCAUAGUCUGUUACACAGUUAUGGGAUAGGCCUUUCCCUAUUUCCCAAGCUCAGUGGUACCGGUGUCACACUGUUUUGAUGUUGGUUUGUUUGUUUGUUCUAUGAAAUUAGUGUGACCUAAUGUUUGUUUACGUUAAUGGGCACAUUUUGGUUAUGAAUUGAUGGA